GUGUGAUUUUUAACUUUGUACACCCCAGUCCAACACCGGCAUCUCCAAAUCAUGUAUUCUCCAGAGUUUUAAAGAGUGAGAGGUGCUUUCAUUGAAACAUAAAAAUCUAUUUCAGGACAUUACAUUGCAGAAUGUAGAUAGAUGGUUCUCCAUGAAUAGGAAGGGUUUAGAGGGACAUGGGCCAAAUGCUGUCAAAUGGGACUAGAUUAAUUUAGGGUUUCUGGUCAGUAUGGACAAAUUGGAUCAAAGGAUCUACUUCCAUGCUGUACAUCUUUAUGACUCUAUACAAUUGAUAAUUUCCAGAAACCAACUAUAUCAAGAGAUAUGAGAAUAGUACAGGAAAGUGACACUCAUUUAGAUGACCACGCAUGAUUGUUUGAAUGACUGAAUAAGCUUGAUUGGCUGAAUGACUUACUCCCAUUUCGGUAUUCCUAAAUGAGUUUAUAACAGUUCAAUUCAGACUGAGUCAGAAGUGAGGCAAAUUUAUUGUGGCUGGUAAGGAUGAUGGCUUUGUUCUUGUGAUAAUGGCUUGCUGAAAUAAGUUACAGUUCAUCCAAAAUUGGAUGUCUGAUAUGGACUCUAACAGCAGAGAAGUACGCAAGUUGGAAAGAUAGAUUGUGGAAAUUUAGAUUUGGGUAUAACCAACCUACAUUUACAAAUACACAACUCCAUGACUUUACCAUCAGUUCUGAGGAAGGAUCACUGGAAACGUUAACUCUGAUUUCUCUCCACAGAUGCUGCCAGACCUGCUGAGUUUUUUCAGCAAUUUCUGUUUUUGUGUCCAUGACUUCAUUAUCCAAUGAAAUUGGAUAGGAAUCUUCUGGGCUGUUUUCUCUUCCUGGCUCUGGUGUUCUCUUUCUGUUUGUUUUGUCUCUCCCAGGAGACAGAGUCACUGCUGAGAUCGAUCGCUUAAUGGACUCGCUGGUCAUUGCUUCUAAAUGUACCUCCAUUUAGAAAUCAACAGUUUUGGCAAAUGCUCGCGUUGACCCCCAAGCCAUCAACCUCUGCUCACGGUGCAGUUCUGAAGAAACUUGAAGGAUUCGCUGAACCUCUUUGCACACGUGAUACUUUGUCAAAAGAAAACCAGAAGAUUAAUUCAAUGGAGUUUGUUUAUCCAGGUUAACCCCCCCCCGCAAAAAAGAUUUUUUUCAUCGAGGGAUACGACAUCCCUCUCAUUAUGUCUCGUCGUCGAAACUUUGGACCUUAAUGCAUUGCCCCCGCCCCCAGCCCAUUCCUGCCACAACUUUUGCCAUGAUCCUCUGAGGGUUUUUGCAGCCACCUAAGUGUUUGUUGUGGGUGCAGCAGCGCGCCCAGGGUUACCCUGGUAGCUGCCGCUUUAAACAUCGCUCCGUAGACGCGGUGAGGGCAAACAGGAGAGAGGCAGAAGGAACAGACGGCCCUAUCAUCGACACGACGGAGAGGAGAGGAGCUUAUGCCAACCCCGCAGGGAUCCUCAAAUCUGCAACUGGUCAGAAGCCCAUCUUUGAAGGUUUAGAUUAGUCAACCCCAAAAGUUGUGGAUGAGAGCUGUCUUAGACCAACAUGGAAUCUCAAAAUGGAUACUUUGAAGACAUAACAGUAGAUUCAGAAUCUGAAAGAAGUCCACAUUCUGGCAGAGCAAGUACACAAAGAAAGUUUGUAACAAAUGGUAAUAACUCAUGUAGUGAUAAAGCAAAGAAAAUCAAUUCGCCUCAAAGCAGUGACAGCACAAUGAGAGAUCAAGGGAAGACUAAAAAGAACAUGGACUAUGAUAAAAAUAGUGACUCCUAUUAUUCAGAUGAUUAUGAUGAUUCAUCAUAUACAUCUGAUCAGUAUUGCUCAGAAUACUCUGCAUCCAGAACACCUAGUCCAAGGAGAAAGGGACAAGCAAAACAGAAGAAGACCAGCAACCCUAGCCAGCAUCAAGUUAAUCGGAAAUCUGGUUCCAAGCAUCCAGCAAACCAUGGUAGUUGCCGUUGGGGAUCACGCACCCAGAGCUUAAACAAAGAACCUAUUCACAAAGACAUAGACUUAGUGACCAAACGCAUGUUAUCUGCCAGGCUGCUGAAAAUUAAUGAACUACGAAAUGAAGUUACUGAGUUGCAGGCUAAGUUGGAGGAUUUGCAGAAAGAAAACAAAAUUCUAAAGCGACUCCAGCACAGACAAGAGAGAGCCCUUCAUAAGUUUGAGGACACAGAAAAUGAGAUUGCAUUGCUCAUAUCCCAUCAUAAUGAUGAGGUUAGGGUACUUCGAGAACGACUUCGAAAAUCACAGGAGAACGAAAGAGCAGUUGAAAAACGUUUAAAAGAUACUGAGGAAGAACUUUAUCGCACGAAAAGCUCUCUUCAGAAAUUAAAGAAACUUUCAGAAGACAAACAUCUGGUGGAACGAGAUGAACUAGCACAGAAGCUUGCCAAAGCUGAAGUCAAAAUGGAAGAGAGUGAAAGAAAAUUGAAGGAACUAGAAAGAAACUUGGAGCUAACCAACCACAGCUUCCUCAGGCAAGUGGCCUCUGAGAGGAAGAAGGCGCAUGUGGCUCAGGAAAAUGUUCAAAAUCUCCAGGAUAGCAUCCAGCAUCUUGGUCAGAAACUAAAGGAGAAGGAAAAGGAACUGGAUGUGAAGAAUAUUUAUGCUAAUCGCAUAUUUAAGACAUCACCAAAGAAAGACAUUGAAAGUGUGGCUAAGAAGAAAGCAACAGUACCAAAAACUGCAAUUGGAGUGCAGACUGAAGAGUACUACUUGCCUUUAGAGUUCCCAACUCCACCCCUCGUUGCGUGUGGUGAAGAAGAACUGAUGAUAAAAGGAGAAUAUUCACAAAUGAUUCAAGAACAUGGUGACAGUGAGACCCUGAAAUUGACAGAAUCUCUGAGACAUGGAAAAGAUCUACAAGAACGAGAUUGUGAAGAAAAGUGUAAGCGAGAACAAGAACAGCACAGGUUGGAGUUAAAAGCUCAAAAGCUGAGAGAAAAAUGGGAACAAGAAGAGCAGGAAAGAAAACGAGAGGAGAAAGAAAGUACUGCAAAAGAAUCCAGUUCAAGAGAGACUGAGCACCAAAACAUGGAAAAAAUGAACGAGAGACGCAAGAAAGAAAUUCUUUUGGCAAAGAUGAGAGAGAUUGAUGAAGAGACUAAUGGAAGUUCCGUAAUCUCACCGCACAAUACAUCACACCUAUUUUCCACAGAAAUGUCAAAAAGCCGUGAUUCCCCAGAAAGAUUGCAAAAUACUAGUAACUUUUUGAAAUCUGUGGACAGUACACCAACAGAAGGUUAUGGUCGCAGAGGUACCAGGACCACAAACUUCAGUGCUGAGCUGAGCUUCGGUAUGUAUGCACCAUCUUUUGGGAAAGGAACUGGGAGGUCUGGUCUAAUAGAUCAGAAGAGCAGUAGCAAAGAUGAGCAAAUGAAUGGCUAUCAUGACCUUCCAUUUAAAGACAGAAAGUCUAACUUGAUGGAACAGUUGUUUGGAUCUGGAGCUGCCACUGGCUUCACCACUAAGGAAGAGAAUUUUCUAAUGUCUCCUGCUGUAGAGCAGCCUAAGCGGAGUAACAAUUCAUUCCCUUGGGAACAAACAAAUAAACGCACAAGUAAAAAUAAUACUGGUGAUUCUAUCUCUAGUGAUGGCAUGAUCAGCCCCAGUCAUCACCAUUCCAAAUAUACCUCAAUUAAGCCAGCAGUAAAUGUAAUUGAUUCACUUGAAGAUGAAGUAGAAGAGGUAGUAUUAUAAAACAAAAUUAUUUCCAAUCCAGACUAUUUUCAUGAAAGGCAUUAUUAAAGUAUUCAAAUUCACGUAACUUUACACAAAAUGUUCCAAAUGAUAAAUAAUCUUACCAGCUAUAUCACAAGUCAUCCUUCUGUCAAUACAAUGUAUUUGUCCCUUGUUAUUUCCAAAGUUCCAAAAUUAAUUAUUUAUAAAUGCCUGUUGUUUGAAGGUCCAUUUCUCUAUUUUGAAUGAUCACUGUCUUAACUCCCUUCCAUGCUGUUGAAUUGUUCUCUCUAUUAAUUUCAAAGUUGAUGCCCUACAUUAUUUACUUCUUCCAGGUUUGGGAAGAUGACACGUGUACUACUCUCCUUUUAUUACUAGCUGUAAAAGAUUGCCUUCUGAGAAGUAUUGAAUUUGACUAACGUCCAAUUAAAUGCUGUACCUAUCAACUAUAUUUAGUGAUGGCCUUAUCAACAUUUUGGUAUUCCCACUUUAUUAUAUUGUUAUUAAGAACAAGCCAGAGAUUUGCUUGAUUCGAUGUAGUAAUUUUGGAUGCCAUGAUAAUUUUGGUGGAAGAGGUACAUUUAACUGGUCUGUUUUGCUUUUAGUUAAUGUGAGCUCCUAGCAUAAGAGGUAAGCUUAGUACCCGGUUCCUUUGGGUAUACUUAUAUUUCUUGUCUAGUGGACAAAUCAACAUGUUUAGAAGCCAGCAAUCUGUUUUCUUGCUUUAUCUGUAUCAUUAUGCCAGGUGUUGAUCUAGUUGUGUAAUCUUGGACUAAGAUCCCAGUCAAUGUAGUAGGGGUGGAGACCAGAGGCUCAAUUUCCCCCUUACAAUAUUGAAGUUGCAGCCCUCAUGUUUCAGCCUACUAAUGUGUUUGCUCAAUGUUUACAGGCCAUUCCUGCAAUUUGUUAUUUUCCCCUGGUUGGGAAAUAUGGAGGAUUACAACCUGAUAUGCACUUAAAAUAAUAUUGAGAUCACAACUUAAAUUCCUGUCAAAAAUUCAAGUUUCCCUCCCCAUUGUAUUUUCCUUAAAGUGGAUGGGGUCUUGAAGCCUGUGGGAAUCCUGCCAAUUUGUGAAUGUUAAAGUAAGCUUACUGUGGAGGUAAGCACCUUUUCUGAUACACUGAAAAGGUCUCGCCAAUAAUGCCUCAUAUCUACCUCCAGAUUCCCUCAAAUCUCUCCACACAUCCUUCAUAGUUACUCUUCCAUUAUCCAGCAUGUGGAGAGAUAUGAUCCAUAUAAAAACACUGGAAUGCCUUUGAAAUGGUCCCGAAAUGGACAAGAUAAGCAAACAGGCUUUGAAAAUCUCCUUGUCUAAAUAGUGAUCGUCUUACAACCUCGAAAAAUGCAAACCACUUAUUCAAAACUUGUUUGGAUUUUUUUGAGUUUCAGGAUUAUUUUGAAGACAUAGUCUUAAUAUAUGGUUUGUUGGUUUUGUACAUAGGGGAUAAUGGAAAGGUGAAUAUGAAGAUUACAUAGGGAUAAUAGGAGGGCAUGGGGGAAAUGAAGGAGUGUGGAAGGGAUAUGAGAAUGUGAAGUGGUAUGGGGAUACAAUGGUGUGUGGAAGAGGUUGGCGGGGAUGUGAGGGCUGGGAGGCUUUACAAUCAUGUCAUGAUGACAUAGCCUUCCAAUGUGCCUGUGUAGUCACCACCUAUGUAACAGCCUCAGGUCUGCUUCUGCAGGGUGGCAUUUCCAAUUCCAACUACCAGAGACCAAAAUCUUAUGUAAGUUCCUUGACAUUUAGAAGUUAGGUGCACAAAAUGUUCAGCAAACAUUACUGUAAUUAAUAUUUUCAGUUACUGCCUAGGAAUAAUCAACAAAUCAGAUAGACUGCUCCAAUAAAUUGUUAAAUCAGUGCUAUGUAAUUAAAAAGAUGUUGUGCUGAAACUCCCAAUUUUGCUCUACUGCAGUCAAACAGCAUCCUGGGUACAGCAGCACUCCUAAUAAGAAGUGGCGCAGAAAAAUCCUUAAUGAUAGGUAAUUAAACUAUUGACGUCACUUGGAUUGUUAGGCUCUGAAAGAUGCUGAUUCAAAGGGAACCGUAAGAGAGUUUUAUAAGAUAUGGAAUGGAAAAGACAAAUCUGGAGCAAUCUUCUGAUGGGUUAAAAGAACUGUUCAUUUUUUGAAAUAGUUUCUGUCAAUAUUCAAUAUCACAGAAGUAAAGCAAGGAGACGUUGGUUUCAGUUAAAUGAAAGACAAAAUUUAGGUAAUUAUCAGGAAACUUCCUGCAAAAUCUGAUUAGCCCGUGAAUGGAUUUCAGGUGAAACAGUCUAGGCAAAACCUUAAAAUUAUUUAAGAGACAGAUGGGGGCUGGAUGGUGUUGCAGGGGGAAGGUAGACUACAGGUUUUCAGCUGAAUGUAGAUGGAGAAUUGGUUGUUUGGCUUUGGCUCAUCAUAAUAUGAUCUUGCACAUCUCUGUUGUAACACACAUGGAAGGUUUUGACAGUGCAUCUUCAAAAUGGAACUAACUUCCAAUCAGUCUACUGUUUUUCAUACGGAGUGCUGUUGCGUAUCUGAAGUUCACUGAUAAUUUCACAGAUCUGAAUUAAUUGGCAUGUACAUAUCAUGUAUAAUAGGGAGAGACUUUGCUGGACCUUCAUACAAAUGAACAGGAUCUCAAUAUUAGUUUAUUUAAAAGGAAAGCAACAGGCUUGCGCUCAACUGGCCAAUUUUUUGAUAUCUGGUGUGCUCAGGUGUUCUAGAAAUAUCUAUCAUAAUAUGCCUUAUGAAGUGAAUAAACAUUAGGAACAAUGUUUAACAUUGAUAGUGCAUUCAAAAGAGAAUGCCAUUGUUAAUUGGACAAUGGACAAAACAAACAGUAAGUGCCAAGAACAGAGCAAAUUGCAAUGAAAAUGCAUUGAUCUCCUUAAAGUGUUUGACUUGCCUUUUGGAUGGAUUAAUGCGUUUAACAAAGUAACUUUCUCAGAGCAAUUAGUAUGCAUUUGUCAUGUAAUAUGCCAUCAUUUGAGUAAAAUUUUAUGUACAAAUGUGAGAAGGAUUUUAACAUAUGUAUUAACUUACAAUCAUGCUGUGUAGCACUUGCCAUCAAGGUGGCCAACAGCAUCGCAAGCCAUAAUUGUUUUAAGGGAGCUUGCUAGUUUUGAUCAGUUUAACAAGUAUUAUUUUCUUAGAAUAAUUAUUUGCAAAUAUGAUGCUAUGAUAGAUAAAAUAUUUAUUUUAUUCUUUACUCUAACAGUUGAAAAUGGUUUGUUUGAUAGCAACAUUAUCUUAUAGGCACUGUUGAUUACUCCUUAUCAAUAGGCACUGUUUCAAGAACCGCUUAUUUGUUAAUUACUGUACAUAUUGAUUGCAUAAUUUCCAAAGAAUAUGUUGAGUAGUUUUAAAUGCUUAUUUAUUGCCACAUUGUAU